AUGGCGUCUGCAGAGUCAAUCCUCCAGCGAGCUGCCGACGACGGCUCCCUCGACUCAGCAGAAUGGCCAAAGACACUUCAGUACAUCUUGCAUCGCCUUGAUGAGAUAGUCAGCGACUUCCCUAAACCGCCUGCAGAUUCCACUCUGAGACCAACCACAUCAGCAACCACCGACCUCCCCUCACGGCCCAACACCUCGAAUGCCAUAUCGAGCCAGGACUCGCAUGCUACCGACAAGGAGAAUGCACCGCCUGCCACGCCUCCGCGACCGCCCGUGCCCACCUUCUCUGCCUCUACCGAGUCGCAAAGUGUUCCACCAGAGAUCACCACCUUCUACUCGUCAAUACGCUCUGCCCUCUCUAACAACUUCGCAAAACAUCCCCCACAUACCGUUCAGCGCCUAGCUGAACUUGUCCUCGAGCCCAAGAGACGCUACCGGUACCUCCCACCCUACCUUCGCGCCCUCGACCGAGUCGUCUCCGUCUCAUCGCCUCUCACCAUCUUCCCACUUCCACAAGCCGUGUUGCCUACCUCAAGUGGACCGCUCAAUGGCGCAACACCCACCACUACCCAGGCUGCACCAUUGGGCUCAGAUGAAGCACUAGGCGGCGCCCUACUCACACCCAUUCCCUGGCUACAGAACCGCGGCCAAAAUGAGCUGAUUUCUGAAAGCACAGAGAUGGUAGACGGCCCAAAUGGUGCUGGUCGCAUAGAGACAGUGACUGUUGGAAUGCUCAGCGGUGGCCAACGGGCCGAAUCUCCCAACUCCAAUGUAACCCAGAUUGCUUCGUCACAUCCCGAUGGUGAGACGCUGCCGUCUACAGGGCCCGUCACCCAAGGCGAACUUCUGCGCCAAGAGCAAGAGGCUGGAAUCGUCCUCAACAACCCUCAUAGUAUGACUACCAGCCCCACAAAAACUACCUUUGGUGAGAUAGAAGGCGGGGGUACCAUCAUCGACACUGUCGAGGGCGAGGAAGAAGCCCCGCAUGCGAGAGGUCCAGAGGUCAUUGGCAUGGAAGACACGGGUCCGCAAAAGCAGGGAAAGCUCAACAUUGAAGGAGCUAUUGGCAGACCGAGCCUUGAUCACAAGAGCCCAGAGCCCCAAGUACCCGCUGGCACAGACGCCAAGGAUCAAGAGAUGAAAGAUGGAGGUUCAGAAAAACCAAAAGACGCAAAGGCCGUUGAUGAAGAGUCCAAGGGAGAUGCAACAGCCAAGGAGGGAACGAAAGAUGCAAAAGACGUGGAAAUGAAGUCGGAUGAUUAG